UGUGUGUAUGUGUAUUCUCAUUGACUCUGUCUAUUUCGCGGGCUUCUCUCUCAUCCCCCCUCUCUCUCUGCCAACAAACCUUCGUGAAAAUAUGAGAACUCUCUCUCUCUCUCUCUCUCUCUCCUCAACUGAUGGGCACUAGUUGAUCCAUUGAAAAGUUCUCUCUCUCUCCACAGGUACAGAGAAUAUCAAGCACAAAGUUAGGUCUCAAUAUUCGGAGAUGGAGAUUGUUUACAGGCCUUAUUUCGACCCGGAAUUCGAUACCCUUAUCGAAAGAAUCCACCCUCCAAGGGUUAAUAUCGAUAACGAUACAUGCCGAGACUGCACCCUUGUGAAGGUUGAUAGUGCAAAUAAGCACGGAAUUUUGCUGGAGAUGGUUCAAGUUCUGACGGAUCUUGAUCUAGUUAUAUCCAAAUCGUACAUUUCUUCGGACGGUGGUUGGUUCAUGGAUGUUUUCCACGUGACGGACCAGCUCGGCAACAAAAUUACUGACGAAAGCCUCAUACUUUACAUUGAGCAGGCAAUAUGUGCAACUAGAAGGGGGUCAAAGGAAGUACGAACGAGCCUUGGUAGAGAAGUGAGGCCUCCACACGUGUCAAAAGAACGGACGGCCUUGGAGAUCACAGGCACGGACCGACCAGGCCUACUAUCUGAAAUAUCAGCUGUGAUUGCUGAGUUAGAAUGCCAUGUGGCUGCUGCGGUUUUGUGGACCCACAAUACUCGCCUGGCAUGCAUCAUCUACAUGGAAGAUGACUGCAAAGGUGGGACCGUUGCAGGUGUGAACCAAGUAGCCCAUGUACAGGCCCAGCUUGAGAAUGUGUUGGAGGCCCACCACCGGGAGGGAGAGAGGAGGAGCGUGAGGGUAACAGCCCCCGAGGCCGGGCGGACCCACACCGAGAGGCGGCUCCACCAGCUGAUGGCAAGUGAUAGGGACUACGAGGAAUGCUGCAGCAGUAGUUCUGGUGGUGGUGGGAGGAGGCGGCAAGAUAGACACAGGGAUGGGAUCAGAGUCACCAUAGAUUACUGUAAGGAGAGGGGAUACUCAGAGGUUAACGUGAGGUGUAGAGACCGGCCAAAAUUGUUGUUUGAUACUGUAUGUACCCUAACAGAUAUGCAGUACGUGGUGUUCCAUGCCGCUAUAAGCUCCAAGGGCCCCAUCGCUAUUCAGGAGUAUUUCAUUCGGCACAUGGAUGGCUGCACAUUGGAUUCAGAGAGCGAGAGGAGAAGAGUUGCACAAUGCUUGACGUCUGCGAUUGAGCGGAGAGUCUCCCAUGGACUGAGGUUGGAUAUCUGCACAGAUAACAGACUGGGACUCCUUUCGGACAUAACAAGGGCCUUUCGGGAGAAUGGGUUGUCAAUAACAAGGGCAGAGAUAGGGACACAUGGUGAGAAAGCUGUUGGAUCGUUCUACGUCACGGAUGCAUCAGGACAAGACGUGGACCGGGAUGUAGUAGAGAUGGUGAGGAGAGAGAUUGGAGGUACUGUCACGGUGGUUAACGAAUCCCCUGGGCGGCCCCCACAAACUACGACCAGAAGUAUAAUCACAAGCAAAAGCAGCAAUGUGGAAGAAGGUCAAAGCAAUGUGGUAGAAGAUAGACCGAGGUUCUCUUUGGGAACCUUGUUGUGGUCUCAGCUUGAGAGAAUCUCAGGCAACUUCAGAACCAUAAAAUCUUGAGUCUUGAUGAGAAAAUGUUACUGUUUCGCCUACUGUAUCCUAUUGCACAUCUGUAAAUAUGUUAGAACAAUACUGGUUUCGGUAUGCAGUUUACCGGCUUCAUGUGGCUAGUGAAAUGUUACCUUCAGAUUGAAAA